CGCGACAUUCAUGUGCGUCACAAAAUCUCGAUACUCACUCAGGUCGGUCGGUUUCUUUAUUUUCUAGCGGCCGCUUGCGGGUUUUUAUUAGUUAGAUAAUAAUUAUCAACGACUCAAAACACCUAUCACAUUUUAACUCUUCGCCCAUCACCGGUGUCCGGCCAGUCACUUAUUUUCCGCUAGCUAUAUUAUCCACGAUUUUGACAAAGUCAAAGUGAUAGAUACCCGCGAAGGCUGGACAGACCAUCUGAUAGACUACCGGACAUUGGACAACCAAAUACCAGAUACCACCCCCUAUAGGCUAUAAUGGACCAUAGACAUAUGUUUAUGUAAUGGACACGUUUUUUACUAUUUUCAUUAUUUGUUACUAUUGAAUAUUAAUUUUGUUGUUGUCAUUGUUGAUAACGGCGUUAAUAUUCAAUACUCGUUACGCCGGACGUUGCGCACAUCGUUGCCUUUUACGUAAUAAAAUUAUUGUUAAAACGUAUUUUAUUAAUUUCUCUCGUAGUGAUAACACGUUGUAACUUGUAUGUUUUUUAGUCGUACCGUAGCGAAUAUUUACGGCGAGCGUAAUAAUAGUAUAAUUUAUCGCGUGUCGUCGGUCGAUCGAUUGCCGACGAUUAAACGAUUUGCCGAGUAGUGUUCGGUUUUGUCUUUUGUAAUUUUCUGGUCAGUCGACGGAGUUUCUCAACUAAUUGCAACAGGUUGUUGAGUCAUAUAAAAUUUAAUUUCAAGAUGUCUGAAAGUGUACAGACUGAAACUAUUACAAAGCCUGAAAAAAAUGCAGCCGACAAUACUUCAACAGCAAAAAAAAAUAGUAUUCUUAGACACCGUAAAAUACCUUCUGCUGAUUUAAACAAUAUGGCUUGUAGUUUAUCCAAUGAAACAAAUGAAAACAUGGAUAUUGGCACUAUGGCUCAAGCAGAGUUUCAGCAUGUUGCGGCUCAAGCCCGUGAUCUUGGCCGUAAAAUGUGGAAUGUGUGUAAUUUUCACAACUUACCUCAAUGGCUCCAGGAUAAUGAUUUCUUGCAUACAGGACACAGACCACCAUUGAAUUCAUUUCAGGCUUGUUUUCAAUCUAUUUUUCGAAUUCAUACUGAAACCGGAAACAUAUGGACACAUUUGUUAGGAUGUAUUGCAUUUUUUGUUAUGACUCUUUAUUUCGCAUCUAGACCGGAAGAAGAACUUUCGUUUCAAGACAAAUUAGUUUUUAUUAUAUAUUUUAUUGGAGCAAUUACUUGCAUGGGUUUUUCAUUUGUGUUUCAUACUGUUCAUUGUCAUUCAGAAACCGUUGGCAAAUUUUUUAGCAAAUUGGAUUAUUGUGGAAUUGCCAUACUGAUAAUGGGUUCAUUUGUGCCAUGGUUAUAUUAUGGAUUUUAUUGUGAGCCAUAUUCGUGGAUAUUAUAUUUAAUAUUGAUUGUUGCACUGGGAAUGGUGGCAAUGGUCGUAGCAUUAUGGGACAAAUUCAGUGAUCCUGGCCUCAGGCCACUCAGAGCAGGUGUUUUUACUACAUUUGGAUUGAUUGGUGUUAUACCAGCACUUCAUUAUGGAGCUGUCGAAGGAUUCUUUUCUAACUUUACAUUGAUUAGUCUUGGAUGGCUGUUACUUAUGGGUUUUUUGUAUAUCUCUGGUGCUUUGUUAUAUGCUUUAAGAGUACCAGAACGAUUUUUCCCUGGAAGAUGUGAUUUAUUGUUUCAAAGUCAUCAAAUAUUCCAUGUACUCGUUAUAUUGGCAGCAUUUGUUCAUUACCAUGGAAUUACCAAAAUGGCAGAAUACCGGCUGAGCAAAGGAGAAUGUGAAGUGCGCCCUGCUGUUGUUUAGUAUGAGAUUUUGGUAGGUGGAUUUCUUUUAAAUUAUACAACUGUUAGUUGUCCAAUUUGAAGGAGAACCGAGUUUCUACGCUGACAGAGAUAAUUAAAAUACAACUACAUUAUUUAAUUCAGAUAAAAAUGUAUAACUUAAAAACUAAAAGAAAAGAUAUUGCUUAAGAUUACAUAACAAUUUAGUUUCUGUUUUAUGUAGUCUUAUAUUUAAAUUAUAAUUCAAUUAAAAAACAAAUACGCAUAUAUUUUUACUACUUAUACAUAUGUUUUAUAGUAUGUAUUAUUAUAAAAGUUACAUUUAUAAAUUCUUAUUAGAUUAUAUUCAAUAAUUAUAUUGUUACUAUCUUGUACAUUAUAUUAUUAGAGAUGGUAAUAAUGUAUCAAAGCUAUUGAUGUUUUAAAGUAUAAAUGUUGUUUAAAUAUGAUAUUGGAAUACAGAUAAUAUACUUUUCCAUCACUUCACUCCCCCUCCUCUUAAUAACAGUUUUUAUCAAAACAUUUAUUUUAAAACUUAAUUAUUUUUAUUUAUCAAUCAUGUAGAAAUGGAAUUAUUUUUAUUUCAAUUUUUUUUUUAAAUAAUUAAAAAAAUUAUACAUCAUUGAAUUUUUAUACUUAAUUUUAUGGCAUUUGAAUUAAAUAGUGCAUUUGGUAUAUAUCCAAGAUGUUAUGUAUGUCUUAUACUUAUAUAUUCUGUGAUUCAUUUAAUGUAACACAUCACUCAUAGCGCUGUUUAGGUUACAAGUAUUUUUGAUUUAAUAAACCACAUUGUAUAUUAUAUGAGUAUGUUGCUUGUAUUAUUGAUUAAAAUUAAUGAGCAAGUAAGGUGAUUUUGAAAAUCAUAACUUAAGUAUACUCCAAACUAUUUUUUUAUUUGUUAAUUUUUUUAAAAGGUUGGUACUUAUGUUUUAGGCAAGCCUUUAUAAUGAUUAUUCAAAAUUAUAAAUUUUAUGUCUAGAUUAAUAAAAAUCCAAGGUGCAAUAAUUGUGUAUGCUCAAAAAUGUCAUUAUAGUGUACACUUUUUCUAUAUUAUUUAAAAAAAAAUUAUACAAUAUUUAAGUAUAAAUAAAUUUCUAGGUUUUCAAAUUAUAGUUGAUAUAAUUUUUUAGUACUACGACUGCUAUGGUUUUGAAAUUUAUUUACCUAUCUGUACUGGAACGAUUAUUUUUUUUUUGUUAAUUGCAUAAUAGUAAUUUUUUUUAUUUCUUUUAACUAAUUAAUAAAUAUUUAUGUUUUAAUGCAUUUUAAACAAAAACAAUUCAUUUGUAUUAAUUUUAUAAAACACAAUAUUAUACAUACACAUGUAAUGAUAGCAGUUACAAAAUUAAAUCAAAAUUUAGUCAUUAGAAAAUUAUGAAAGCAAAAAAAUAAUAGUGUAAUAAUAUUCUUUUAAUUGUUAUCUAUACUUAAGUCUUACUGUAAAAUCAGACUAUUGUAAACCUAAGUUAUAGUAGUAUGUAUAACCUAACCAUAGUACCUAUAUUACAUUUUAAAUAAGAGACAACACCACAAAUUGUAGUACAGAUAAUUACGACAAUGACAUCAAAAAUAUGAUAUUGCUAUAAUAACUUUAUAAUAAUAAUAAAAAUAAUAUGUGUA